AUGUUGUAAAUAUGGCGAAAGUUAUGGGACAUUUAAAGUAAUCACAUUUUCAAAAGCGUUUUUGGAGUUUAAAAAAAUCGUAUGGAAAAAUAAUGAAGUAUUAAACUACAUACUUCAUAUCGGCUAAGUCACAAUACACAAUUAACGUUUGGAAUCAAUAUUUCUUUCGUAAAAAAAUAGGAAAAAUUAAAAAUGACUGAGGAAGACGUGAAGAAAGCCAUCAGAAGUUUACUGACUUCCACUCCCAAUGUUUUGAAUGUAAGAACAGUCCAAAAAGAUUACAAAGAGUUAAUGGGCACUGAUGUACCAUACCAACAGUUUGGUUACAAUUCCCUUGAACAGUUUCUAAAAUGUAUACCAGAUGUGUGUUUGGUACAAGGCGGAGGUCAGUGGGCGACUGUCAUACCUAUUGUGAAUGAGAAAGUAGCCCAUAUAAAUAACAUGGUGAUGAAACAAAGGAAUAAUUCCAGGAAGUCAGCAGGGACGCGUAGACCCAAACAAGCCAAUUUCCAACACAAACAACCCAUGAAUUUUUCUCCUCAUACCACUGACUCUUCUAAAGGCAGCAAUCUCAUUUUUCAUAACACUCAAGCUAAUCCUUAUCAAGCGCCACCAUCAAAGCAAGUGGACAACCCACAUUCUGAGGUUCCCCAAAAAUCGGUUAAGAAUACUCCUCCUUUGAUAUCUAAAAAUCCAUUUGACAAUUCCCAGCUUCCAGUGGAAACCAGAGUGGACGGAGGGUCCAUUGCGGAGGUCAAGGCUGACGUAAGACAUUCACUCUUGAAUGGCCUUCCCACCAAAAGAAAACAACAUUUGCUGAAUUUGAAUCCUUUGCCCAAGCAGGCGGAAACUGUUCAUAAUCAAUAUCGCUCGUCUACCUCAGCCGCACAUAGCCCUCCAUUUGACAACGCGCCGGUACUUGAAAAUGAGAACGAUUAUUUCUUUACCAGCAAAAAUCUCGACAUCUUCAAACCCUAUCUUAACUCGGCGGCGAAAUUGCAGGAGGCCACCGAAGAGGUCGCUGUUUGCGUACCACAACGCGUUCAGAAUAAUCUCAAAACACUGAUAAGUCGCUUUAACGAGGGUAUUUGGUGCAGCCAGUUGCCCGAAGAGUACAGAAAGGCGUUCCGAAGGGAUCUUGUUUAUUACGACUAUGGUUUCACGAGCCUGAUCGAGAUGUGUAUCGCGCUGAACGACAUUUUCCAUUACGUCCGUCCCGGUCAAGACGAUUUUAAACUGUACGACCGCAACAACCCGUUGCCCGAUAAUAUAGAACGCAACUUUACCAUGGCCAGUUACCAAUUGGACCCGAAGGGAGGCGCGCAGACCAGCGGCAAGCCCUUGCCGAGUCUCGUGUGGUCCGAUUUCGCGAGGCGUCUGCCCGCCGACAUCGUAUCGUUGGGAGAGGAGAUUCCCAAACAAUUUUUGCCGACGGAGACCAAGGUGGGCGACGUGUUCGAUGUGGUGGUCCUCGAGGUGUACGACCCGUCAAAAUUCUGGUUCUACCUCGGCAAAUCGGACAAGAAAGCCCCCCUCGACCUGCUGAUGGAUGACAUGCAAGAGUUUUAUAAGGGCGAGAAUAUAAGUCAGUAUUGCGUGCCACCCGCGCUUGUCCAGGAAGGUCUGUACUGUGUCCAGCGCAUCCUUGGUGAAUACCACAGGGCCAAAAUAGUGCGCGUGCCGCCCCAUGCGCAGGACCAAGUCCGGCUCCUCUACAUAGACUACGGCACGGUGGCUUCGGAGUCGGUAACGGGCAUGUGCUUCCUGCACCGUCGGUUCGCCAACCUUCCCGCGCAGGCCAUCAGGUGUCGCCUCGCUAACGUCAAACCGGUGAAUGUCGGGCCGUGGCCCCGACCAGUGAGCGACUACGUGCGCGACGUGCUCAACGGGAGCAACACCAAGCUGAAGGUCACGUUCAUCGACUGGCACGACGAGUACGUUUGCGGCUUUCUCGCCGACGUCACCAACACGGACCGGAUCGUCUACGUCAACGAGCUACUCGUGCGAAAGGGUCACGCCAAAUGGGAGACGGAGGCUCAAGAAAGCCCGUUCAUGUUGCCCAACUACAAGUGCAAGGUGAACCGCCUGCACCUGUUCCCGUCGUUCCUCGAAUUGGAAUACGGACUCGCUCCCAACGCGUCCGAAAUGUACAUGCUCGAAGAGAUGCUGGUGCCGAUCAACUUUUGCAUACCUCAGUACUUCGAGCUCGUCGACACUUUGGACGACGACGAGGCGAUCGAGGCUCGGGAGAACUCGUUCGCGGACACGAUCAAGACCCACCGUAAAACGUUACCGUACGGUUGUAAGGAAAGUAGGGCCGCGUUAGGGUGUCCCGACUUCGACUUCGACGUCUUCGACGAACUCAAAGAGGACAUCGUCGCGUUCAUCGAAGGACUGAGUUCCGAAGAACGUUCAAAGUUUCGAAACGUCGAGUGCUGCAACGAAUGGUAUGAAUGCGUGGAGGAGGCGGUAGUAGACGAGGCCGCAGGGGAGAUAGUGAGGCAAGACGUGGAUCUGUCCGAGAAUAUAUUGAAGCAACUUGAGACGUACGAAUUGCCGGCCGAUUUGGUGUUCGACGAGCAAAAAGUGUCUUAUAUGGCGGACCCGGUGGCCGUCAGACAGACCGAGAUCGACGAUUUGGAAAGGGAAUUGUCCAUGCUGCUGGACGACGAUUUCGUGGAGCGGCGAAAAGACGACGAAGAGAAAGUUCCAGAGAUUGCCGCCCGAUCGAACCCGUUCAAUAACGCCGAGGCCGGCUCUUAUCGAACGCCCGACCUUUCACUCUCACUCGACGAGCAUCGCGUCAGCUCCGACGACGAUGCGGAGGAGGCGGAGUCUCGAGGCACACGCAUGCAGAGGUGCUUAAACAACAUCAAAAGCGUCGAACCGCAGGAGGUCGGCGUAGAUGCCGAAACGCCCAUGGAAAAGACGAGGGCGGAGUUCGUGUCGUCCCUGAACGCGAACAACCCUUUCCGAGCAUACUUGGAGGGGGAAUUGGGGCGUGGCGACCAUCAUAUAGCGAGCGCAGGCAACUCGAUUGUGGCUCCGUCGACGUUGUCUGGGAGUGCUCGGUCGGUAAUGCUGUCGGCGACCAGCGAACCGUUCGUGCCUAGAGCGGCCGCUACCACAUCUACCCAAACCUCGGAAGACAACGCGAUGCAAACGUUUCAGCCGUUUACCCCGCUCGUUGUUGACCCUCGUUGGCCUUACGAUAGUCAGCCGAUGUACUCGCAGUGGUCGGAACCCGCCAAUUUUCAGAUGCGAGCGAGACCGCCUCCCGGCUUCGACGUGGUGAGAUCGCAGUUUCCCGAUCCGAGGGUGUGCCAUACCAAUUACGAUACGCAGUACGUGACCAAUAUGAACUUUGCAUUCGGGAUGAUGAACCAAGCCGCCCAGUUUCGGCGGUACCCGGACUUUUACGACAGGAACAACCCCGGACCCGGUCGACCUUGGUGACGGUUUUUGCGCGUAAGCGACGUGAAGUUUUUUUUCUAUUGCGGUUUCUGGCCAAAUUGGCGAUUGCGUUCUCGAUUUCUUGUUACUUUUGAGUUGUACCGACUAGCAGUUAUUGAGCGUCGAAUAAAUAGUUUUGUUUCUUUUUUUGUACAGUAGAGCCUUUUAAGAGUUCCGGGAGGUAGGACGUUUGAAUCGCCGGUUACUACGCUGUCACUUCACCUAUUAAUAGUUUAACGGGUAAAGAAUUUUUAGUUAUCCAGUCGAUAUGAUAAUAAUAAAAGUAAAUGGAAAAUCAACCACCUUUCAUGCAACUAGAGAUGUGAGCCUAUGGACAGAUAUUUCGUAUUAAGUUCAUGUUUUGACAACAGAAAUUUGUACAGCUUUCAUGGUUCAAGAAGAAUAGGAGAUCGUACUAUAAUUGUUUAACUUUUUACAUCUUUCUUUCAACAUUUCUUAUUCUUGUGCCUCACUUACUUUCUCAAUUUCAAUGUUAAAGCUCGACCUCCCCACUCAAAUUACCGUUUUUAUAUGUAUUGGUUUCAAUAAAGGCAUGAUUAUUAUUAACUCAUUACUGGCUGUUGACGCAGUAAUAUGCC